UAAAAAGGUAACAGAGGGAAUUGGACAGGAAAAUACCACGUAAGUGUUAAAGUCUGGUUACAAAGGGGGGUGUAUGCACCAGGAUACGCUCACCUCAACCCAGUGAAGACUAAAGAAAACACUGCGGGUAUCAGGUAACUGCCCAAUUCCCGCCAUGUUUACAUUAUUAUUAGUAACAGUAGUGGGAAGCCUUGUCCUAGCAAACGAAGAUAAGCAUGUCUCAGGGGAAAAAGGGAGCACCAUCUCCUUUGACUGCAAUCCUUGGCCCUACAAGGAUUCAGGUAAAACUAAAGCUCACUUCCGCCACCAGCGUGAUGAAAAGUAUUUCUGCAAACAUCCGUGUGGCCCCUACAAUUGGCACUCGGUAGUGGCCAAUACACGCCGAGGCCACUCGACUGGGUCUCGGUUCUCAAUUUCAAAGAUACAAAACAGUGAUGGGGCAAGAGUUCAGAUAACACAGCUGUCUGAUUCGGAUGCAGGCACCUGGUGGUGUGGUACAGAAAGACCUUAUGGGGAUUUAUACCAAAAANUUGUAAUCAAUGUCCUCAAAUCCCAACAAUCAAAAAUUACAGAAGUCACAAAAGUUCCCACCUCUGAGGAGGAAGAAUUGAUUGAGGAAAUGGCAGUCUCUGGGGAGGAGGAUGAUUGGAUAUUAACCAAACAAAAAAUUCAAUCGGCCACUCGGGCCCUGAGCAUUUGCAAUGAUAAUCAUGCUUGCGCACUUUUGAUACUCCAGGCAGGAAGCCUCGAAACAAAACACUGCUGGAUUUGUCAGCAAAUGAGUUCCCGCCUGCACGUUGUUCCCCUGUCCACCGUAAAGCACGUGAAUAUUACACAUAAAGGGGGAACCAUCCCUAACAACAUGGCUCAACUGCUGUUAUUGGCUCAAAACAAGGCCACGGGAGAUAAUCUCACUGCCCCACAGGCCUGGAGACCCAUAGUAUUGCCGGAUUCAGCCCCACGUAUCAGGUGCCAUACAAGGAGGGCAAGCCAUGUCUAUGCACCAACAUGGACAAGGGGUUACUUGUGGGCCACAGUAUCUGCAGUAUACGAGUAAUUGCCAACUUCACCUCUCAGGUAUGCACCAUUAAAAAAUAUAACAUUACUAUGGGGAUAGGGGCCUGCAAUUCCACACUGGGAAACCCUGGUGGGGGGCAAUGGUUUGGGUUUGCGGACGGACUGCUUAUCUCCAGCUCCCCAACCAGUGGACUGGAUGUUGUUACCCGGCCAUUGUGACAACUGGUAUUGCGGUGUAUCCCCUGGAAGCUGAGCAUGACACCCGUUCCAAACGC